GGCAGUCUCUCGAAAGGAAUACGACAUAAAGGAACAUUCAGUUAACAAUUAAAAUGUGGUUCAAAUUAGUUGCAGCAAUCGUUUUAUCAAAUUCCUUUGUAACUGCAUCAAAGGAUUGUGAUGGAAGUGUCAUCAACGAAGGGGGAUUGAUUCCGAGUUCACAAAAGAACAAAGCUGGUUUCGGAGAAUUUCCAUGGACAGUUGCACUUUAUAAAAAAGAUUCGCCAAAUCCACAUUGUGCUGGUGCAAUUAUUGAUGACUCUACUAUCAUCACAACAGCUUUUUGUUUGACGAAAAUUACAAAUCCAUCAGAUCUUAUCAUUAGAGCUGGUCUUUGGGAUUUAAAUCGGACAAGUGUAGAAGAUUAUCAGAUGCAACAACGGGUAGCUUCUGAUCUUAAGCCACAUCCUAAAAACACUUCACCAGACCCUAUUGACAAUGAUAUUGCUAUUGUUCGUGUAAGUCAACCGUUCAAAUUUAAUCAGUAUAUUCAUGAAGUCUGUUUGGAUACUGGAAACUUAAAAGUAUCCCCUGAUGGCUGUUUCGCAACAGGUUGGGGAGCUGAAACCUAUGCAACUCAAAAUGAGCUUAGCCAGUAUUUGAAGAAAAUUCGAAUGGAUCAAGUUGAUCAUAAGACUUGUGAGAAACAACUUGGCAUUGCUUUCAAUGAUCAAAAAUUCACUCUUCCGGAAAGCUUUUUCUGUGCUGGCGGUAAUGAAUUUGAUUUAUGUAUUGGCGAUGCAGGAGCACCAGUAAUUUGUCCAAUCGUUGGUGUACCAAAUAAAUUUGUACUCACUGGUCUCUCAUCUUAUGGAGUAAAAUGUUUUACUGAGACACCCGGCGUGUACACGAAAAUUAACAUCAGAAUGAUUCCUCGUCCGAAAAAAACUGAUACGAUGGAUGAUGUGCUUGAAAUGCAGAAUAAAUAUUUGAAACAAAAAACCGAAGAGAACUUUCAGCCAGCAGCUCAAGCCAUUCGUCCCGAAGGUUCUUCAUCAGAAGAGCCCACUUCGAAACAAUCAGUAUUUGCAAAACGUCGGAACUUAAAACAAUCCGAAGGUGAUAAAAAGCUGAAAACUGUAGAUGUAGUAGGUGAAGUUGUAGAAAGAGGUAGCAGUGGAUGUAGUUCAGAAGAAUUUGAUGAUGAAGCUGGACCAUCUGCUGCAGAUAAAGGUUUUCCAUCCACUUCACCAAUUGAUAUUUGUUCCCCUAAAAAGACAAAAGGCAAGAAAAGCCUGUUUUCACAAAUGGUUAAAAGCCAGAAGAAAGUGCCACAAGAAGCUGCAGAUACCGAUUCCAAUAACGAUGAAGAAAUGAAGGAAAGUGAUGAAACGAGCUCAAGUUCACAAGAAGAAACAAUUAAAGAGUUCAGUAAAAUGACUGAGGAAGAGAUUCUCGCUCAACGUUCAAAACUCAUCGGAUCCAUGGACCCCAAAAUGGUUGAGUUUCUGAGAUCAAGAAAACAACCGAAAGAAAGUAUCGCCAGAUCUUCUCCAAGUAAACUCAAAGUUCCGCCAAAAUCAAUAUCUGCAGAUGAAAUUCCAGCCUUAGAUUUCCUCCACAAUCCCAAUGCAAUGAAUUGGCUUCACUUUGAUGUUAUUGAACCGGAAAAACUUGAAUGGACUCGAAAUAUUGGGAAAUCAAUUCCAAAUCUUCAGCCGGGUGAAACAUAUGAAGCGCGGUUUGAUUUGAAGGGAUUUCUGUUACCAUAUAUUGAAGAAAAUAAAGAGGAAAUUGCUCCUGGGAAAGAGAAAGAUGACCGCGAACUUUACAUGCAUGAAAAGGAUCCACAUCGACCUGGCUAUGCGCUUCAAGAAUUAUUUAGGUUAUCCCGUGCGAAUGUCCUUCAACAACGUGUCACAGCCUUAAACGCCAUUUCCGGAAUAAUAAAUAUUUACAACCAAGGAUAUUAUGAUGGAAUUCUUGAUCUGCCAAUCACUAGAAUUUAUUUCUUGCUGCGUUUAGCUUUAGAUGAAAACACGCCAGCAACUCUCGAAGCUUCAAGUCGAGCAUUAGCAAACUUAUUUUACAAUGAUGCCGAUGAAACUCUUUUAGAUCUUUUAUACGAGACUUCUUAUGGAUUUGUUCAACCAAUUAUGGAUAAUUCAAGAGCAUCUAUUGCUGGAAUAGGAGUUGAAGACACAGAAAUCGACCUUGAAUCGUCAUUGAAGAAUUUGACCUUAGAUGAAGGAAGAAAAUUAUUCGAAAGCAAUGUGGAUGAUGUUUACAAUGAAAAGGACAUUGAUAAGCAAUAUCUCAGUGAUUUACAUUUAGCUGAAGUUAAUCUUGCUGAGAGUUUCAUGAGAACAAAUAUUCUUGAGCGCAUCACUUACAUUUUAACAGUUACACAACCCAGCACCGUGACGAUAAAUUCAUGUCUCAAAAUUCUGAUAAGACUGAGUAGAGUAAGUCAAGAAUUCGCAACGAAAAUUCUGAACAAAAAAAAUUUAAUGGAACAUAUGAUCGGAGAACUUUUGCCGACAAGUGGAAGUCCAAAAGUUUAUCAUUUGGUGCUUAAAUUGUUCAGAGUGAUUUCAUCUUAUGAUCGAGUGUUGUGUCAGGAAUUGAAGAAACUUGGAGCUGUUGAGACUGCCAAAAAGCUUGUGCUAAUGACGCAUAAUUUGAAUGUUGGAAUGCUUAAAGUUCAUAUUGAAAGUUUUCGAUUUCUUCGACUUUAUUUCCAUCUCUUCAUCGAUGAAAAUCUCUUCAAAGAAAUGGUGUCGCCGAUUCGUUUCCUCAUGGAAUGGCAUUAUCAGAAUCUGAACUUUCAACUUGAAAGUCAUUUCAUUGUUCGUCAACAUGCGUGCGCUCUCAUGUACCUGUUCAAAUGUGGCGAUCUAGUCCAUACAUUCUCAUACUUCAGUGAAACAUUCAAAUCAUGCAUUUCAAAAUGGUUCCAAAUGGCAUAUCGUGAUGGUCUCAAUGAAUUCUCUCAAAAAUUACUUUUGUCAGCUGUCUUGGAUAUUGGAAAGCCGAUUGUUGAACGUGCCACUGGAUUCUUCUUUGAUUUCGUCGAUAAUCAUUUAUUGAAGUUCCUUCAAUCGCAGCAUUACUAUCGUAUAACGAAAAAUUUAACAACAACGUCACCUUUAAUCAGAGAUGGACAUGAUCGAUGCAACAUUCACAAACCGCUCAUAAAUCUCGGCUCGAUUAUUCGACGAUAUGAAGAUUCACCGCCAACUCUCAUCUUCACACCCGAUUACUCAAUCUUCUUCAUAGAUGCAUUACUUAACUUCACCGAUGCCUACAAUAAUUCAAGCAAUGUCAAAAACAAUGAUUAUUAUCACAAAAUUUGUGGAGCUUUCUUUAACGAAGAAGUUGAAAAAUAUUUCGAAAAGUUCUCAACGCAAUACAGCAAAAAAUUAUCCACAAAUUGGUUCCUUAAGGCUGAAAUUAAUUUCAUCUAUAAUUUAUUGAAUUCAAAGUUGGUUCAGUUCAAUUCGUGCUUAUUGGCCGCGGUCUUCAAUCUGAUUACCUGCCUCACAAAAGAAAAUUUAGCGAGAAUUAUUUCGCUCUUCAAAUGUUUUGUGUUCAGUAGUCGAUAUUAUUAUGGGCAUGAUAACACGCAAGAAGAGUUUGAACGAUGGAAGUACAUUUAUAAUGGAAUUGUAGUGUCAAGAGUUGGUGAUUUGAGCAAAAUAAAAAUGAAGAUUGCAGUUGCAGAGAAUUGGAAUCAACUCAUCCUCACUGAAUCAUGGCCAUAUUCGCUUCUUAUGAUUCUUCUUUAUCGUGCUGAAGUCGAAUCAAGUGAGAAGAUAAUUGUCCACACAGAAUUGACAGAAGAAGACAUUAUUGUGACGACAUUAAAAUUUACAUUGAUGCUUGAGAAAAAUAAUAUUCAAUUAAUCUCGACAAAUCAAAAGCUCAUGUACCUGAUGUUGAUUUACUUUGGAGAGAAUCGAAACUUUUUAGAUCCACCAGUUAAGCAACUUAUCUUGAAGAAGCUGAAGACAAUGAGACAUUUUCACUUUCCAAAGCGAUUCAACAUGAAACUCAACAAGGAAAAAAGUUUUGAGAGUAUUUUUAAAAUGUUCCUCGAUGCUUUUCAAAGUAACAGUUUUAAUGAUGAAGUCUUUAGUAUUUUCGUGAUGGUUCCACUUCCACAAAAGUACGACAUCAAAUGGCGAAAACUUGUCUGGAUGGAACAUUCGACAGACUUAAAGUUUGUGACAUGUAAGGAAGAAGAUUUGUUCGACGACAUCAAUGAAUAUUUGUUCCCAAUCGAAACCGAUGCUGAGUUGUUGAAAGCUUACGAGCAAGUAUUGAACUCAAAUUUAUUGAAGGAAGAUUCUGUUUUGAGAAAAAUCGCUGAACAUCAUGUUAAACACGCAUUAAAGGAAACUUCAAUUUCAACAUCUUAAAAUAUUUUAUUUUCACAAAUUCUUUGAAUAAAUAACACUCUUCGAUGGCUUUUUAACAGCUCUCGAUGUAAUUGAAAGUGUCAAAAAUCAUCUUUUAUUCAUUUUCAUUUCUUUUGCUUCUUUGUUAAAAUGGUCUCGACCAACAACUGGGAACUCCAUAUCUAAUGCUUUCCUGGGAACUCCAUAAUGCCAACUCUGCCUCUCCCAUGGCAUUCUCAUAGAACUUUUCCAUUUCCACGAUCUCUUUCUCAAAAGCAUCACGACGGGCUCGUGCAUCCUCAGCACGUCCUUUUUCCUCCAGAGUCCGUUGCUUUGCUUCCUCAAGGAGUCGAUUGGCUUUCUCAAGGCGUCGCUCUAACGAGAACAAAGAAGCUUCCUUCUCUUUCUCCAAAUCAACACGACGGGCUCGUGCAUCCUCAGCACGUUCUUCUUCCUCCAGAGUCCGUUGCUUUGCUUUCUCAAGGCGUCGCUCUAACGAUAACACAG